UAUCACCAACCUUUCCGGAGACCGGAGAUGUUGACUUCGAUGCCUUUAUGUUCCCCUUUGUUUAACAACCUCUCAUCUUACUAAAUUUGAAUGGCGUCUGCUUCAUCUUCCGCUUCUCUGCUAAAUCAUACCAGCUGCCAUGACGUUUUUUUAAGCUUUAGAGGUGAAGAUACUCGUAAUUCAUUUACAGAUCACCUAUACGCAGCUUUAGACCGAGCAGGAGUACGCACUUUUAGGGAUAAUGAUAAUAUCGACAGAGGUCAAGAACUGAAGCCGGAAAUCGAGAGAGCAAUCAAAGAGUCUAGGUCUUCUAUAGUUGUAUUGUCAGAGAAGUAUGCGAAUUCCAGAUGGUGCCUUGACGAGCUGCUGUUGAUCCUUGAACAAAGGCGGAGCUUUAAACAUUUUGUUUUACCGGUUUUUUACCAUGUCGAUCCCUCAGAUGUCAGGAACCAAAGGCAAACUUUUGCGAUAAAUGUAGAAGAAGGAGCAGAAGGGUUAAAAUGGAGUGAGUUUAAUGUUAAUCGAUGGAAGACGGCUCUUACAGAGGUUGCUGAUUUGACUGGCAUGGUUUUUUCAGGCUCUGAAACAGAGUUUAUCGCAAAAGUGGUUGAUACAAUUGACUGUAAACUAGAUUUGAAACUAGUUAGUACUCCAGCUCAUCUAAUUGGAAUGGAUUCUCGAGCUAAAUUUAUCAACUCUUGGUUGGAAAACGAGCAACCUGGUGAUAACGUUCUAGCAAUUUGUGGCAUGGGAGGUAGUGGCAAGACAACGCUGGCCCAAUUCAUUUAUAACUCAAACAAGCAAAAGUUUGGAAGCAGCAGUUACCUUGAAGAGAUCGGAAAGCACUCUAAACAGUCUGAUGGUCUGCUUGGGCUACAGAAACAACUUCUCACAGACAUUCUAGGUGGAAAGAAUGCAAGCAUAGCCAGUGUAUGUGGGGGUACAAUGAAGGUUGAGGAGGCCUUGCAAUUGAAAAGGGUGCUUAUUGUUCUUGAUGACAUUGAUGAGCAUGAUGAAUUAGCCGCUUUACUUGGAACAAGGGCUUUUCAUACGCAAAGCAAGAUCAUCAUAACAACUAGGCUUUUAAAUUUACGUGCAUGGUUCAGGUCCAUAUCUUGGAGGUGCGAGGUGCAAAAAUCCGAAUUGUUGAAUGAUCGUGAAUCAUUAGAGCUUUUAAGUCGCCAUGCAUUUGGAUCCAAGACUCCAAUGGAAGGUUUUAUGGAGCUCGCAAAACAGUUAGCAGAGUAUUGUGGUGGACACCCACUAGCUCUUAAAGUAUUGGGUUCUUCUCUAUUAUCUGAUGCUGAAGGGCCAUUGAAAAAAAAUAGCAUGAUAGAAGCUUGGAGAAGUAAAUUGAAUUCACUGAAUUCAUUGAAAGGAAAUCUUGAUGAAAGAGUCCAGGGUAUACUACAAAAGAGCUUUGACUCAUUGCCACAUGCCAAUUACAAAGAGUUGUUUCUGCACAUUGUUUUUUUCUUUGUUGGUGAUUAUGAGGAUUAUGUUGUAAAGAUUAUGGAGCAUGACUGGCAUGCAAAGGCUGGGAUCAUGACGCUCAUCAACAGAUGCCUUCUUACCAUCUCACCAAGUAAAAAACUGAUGAUGCAUCAACUGCUUCAAGAGAUGGGAAGAAACAUAGUCCUUCAAGAGUCCAGAGAUCCUGCAUCACGUAGUAGAGUCUCGCAAAAUGAUGAAUCUUAUCGUUUGUUGAGAAGCGGAGAGGGUUCGAAAACAAUUGAAGGUCUAGCACUUGACUUGCAAAAGCUCAAAGAAGGGAUGACGUCAAAUCCAUCAAUCUUUAAAACAACUUCAAUUGCAAAAAUGGACAAACUGAAAUUGCUCAAGCUAGAAGAUGUGAGACUCACGGGGUCCUACAAGAAUUUUCCAGAAUUAAGAUGGUUGUACUGGACUCGUUGUCCAUUGAAAAAAAUACCCUCUGGCUUAUUGGGGAGCAGCUUGGUGGCUUUACAUAUGAGCAAUGGAUCGUUGAAGAAGUUUGAGCCACCCAUGGUUCUUAAUUCGCUGAAGAUCCUAAAUCUUCAACGGUCAGUCAAUCUUGUCAGUAUCUGCCAUCCUUCCCUACUUCCUAAUCUCGAGACUUUGUUUCUCUGGUACUGUAUCCGUCUCAGUCUGACUCAUGUUUGUGAAACCAUCGGAGGUCUUAAGAAGCUUUCUCUAUUGGACUUUGGACGGUGUCGUUAUCUAGGGAAGGUUGCAUCGAAUAAGAAUUAUGCAAAUCCACUGCAAAUGCUAAAAGAAGAGCCGCCAUCCUUUUACAAUCAUAUGAAUUUUGGCAGUAAUCCGUUAAUGCUUCGGGUACUCGAUGUGAAUAAUUGUUCAAAUAUAAAGUCCCUCCUAUGUCUCCCAAGUACACUAGAAGAGUUGUAUACAUCUUGGUGUUAUUCACUGGAGAAAAUAACAUUUCAAUCAGGUCGGUGCAGAUUACGGAAAUUUGAAUAUCAAGGUUGUGAAAACUUGUUUGAAAUUCAAGGCUUUUUCAAAUUGGUGCCGUCAGAAGAGCUUGGUGAAGCAAAUUUGGGAUAUAUGAAUUGGAUCAAAGCAUAUAAAAAUACUACGGUGGACCUCAUAGGUUAUGAUGUCGUUACAUACGAUCGGUAUAGAAAGGUAACUAUAGAGGUGCUGUAUGCAUAUGGUAUAAUGAGCACAUAUCAUCAAGGCAUAAAGGCUCAAAGCAUGCCAAAAUCCGAGUAUAUGUCAUCGUCUGCAUUCUUAUCCUUUCGUGUGCCUUAUUGUCCUGAGAAAUGCAGGAUCCGAGGAUUAAACGUAACCGCCUCAUACAGACAAUCAAACACAUCAUGCGAGGAUGAAGAUACAAGAUGGGCUUUGUUCACCAAAGUCAGCAAUACAACCAAGGGCCUUACUUGGAUGUAUAACCCUUUGAUCUAUUUCAAACCUGAAGUUGGAAAAGAUGGUGUGUGGUUAAGCUAUUGGCCAAUUGGGAACAUAUUAGACGCUGGUGAUGAAGUCAAUGUGUCCAUCAUUGUGGGGAAUGGAUUGAUAGUAAGGGGGUGUAAUGUCAGCCUUGUGUUCAUAGAGCCUGAAUACUACAGAAAUUACAAGAAAGAGGAAGAAGUUGUUGGAGGAGAUCUAUGUGAAUUUGAGCUGAGUACAGGAGCCUAUUAUCUUUGUCGUCGUGACUUUUUCAAGAAAACCACCCCUGAUUGGUUAAAUAUGUUGGUUGGUGAUACCAUUCCCCAUAAAGAGGUACGUGGAUGGAGAAAAUCUUGUCAGAUGGACUGCAAAGGUCUAUAUAAAUAUAAGAAGCCGAGAGCUUACAGAGGGGACGCUUAUUCCGAGUUGGAUCUAAGCCAGUUGUCACAAUGAGACACGAACAUAAACAUGGAUAGAAUCAUAUGGGAAUGGUGAAAAGAUAUGAAGGCGGAUGACAGAAUAUUUGAGGAAUUAGUGAUGGAGAAGGAGAAAAAACAAGGCAUUAAAGAAGAAAAAAAAAGGAUAACUACUUGAUUUAUCGGCAAAAUAUUUUUAUAAGGUGUACCAUUUUUUUUGUACAUGUUUUACUAAUAAUCUUCUAAUUCUAUUAAAAAAAUACUGACAUUUUUUGUACAU